UCAAUUUCUUUACACGUCAUCCACAUGUUCCGGUGUUCUCGUCUCAAGGAAUUUUUUGAGAGAUGGGAACUUAUUAUGUCCAACAGGGACAGGUCGUCGCCUUCAUCGGAAUUCUGGUUGGAUUGCUUUGUGUCGUGGGGGCGAAAAUAUCCUUUUUGGACGGAGUGCAGCAAGAUCCUGGGGGCUCAGCAGUGUCCGUGAGAGAUGGGAAAAUGAUGUACCUUCCCUUCAUCAAAGUUGUGAUCCCCCCGGAACCAUGCGGCCCCCCGACUGGUCUCAACAUGAUUCGUGAUGGAACCUGCCUCCCUCGUGGCGCAUGUAUGACAAAGCGUGGUCAGCCCAACGGAGAUUGUAGCCUCGGUUUUGGCGAAUGUUGUCGCCUUUUUGCCAAUUGUACGACUGACAUACACAGAAUCGAUAUUGACGAGUAUGUCACCGUCCUUCGGUCACCUGAACCGGCUACGACCCAGUGCGCCUUCAAAAUCAGAAAGAAAAAGGACGUUUGCCAAGUUCGCCUCGAUUUUAAGGUAUUUUCCGGAUUUUCGUCCGCAAACAACGACGGGGUUUGUGAUCGAGAUCGAUUACAAAUUAGCAACUCUAUCACAGUCCCGGAUGGAUUUACGACGUGUGGAAAUUUAGCAGAUCAGCACAUGUACCUCUCCUUCGGAUCGUCCGACUCGAUCGACAUCUUGCCGCGAGUGUUAUCCACAAAUGCUCGAUAUGAAAUUGUCAUGUCGCAAAUUCCUUGCUUAUCGAACCGAGUUGUGCCCAGUUACUGUCUUCAAUACUUCAACCAGAGUACCGCCAUUGUAAAAUCAUUCGACUGGCCGACGCAACAACAGAGCAAUCAGCAGUACGUGGUCUGCGUCGAAAGUCCCGAGCAGAGUGUCGGCAUCACGUGGCGUCCUGGCACUGCGGGAGAAUGUCUAGGUGCAGGUUCUCCAUUUUCUGUUGUAACUGACCUAACAGGGUCCGCGCCCUGUAGGACGGACUGGGUCGACAUUAAUGGAGAGCAACGCCACUGUGCCAGCUUUCCUAUGGUGCAUUCCAUCUGGAAACCUUACCUCCUCAAUGUCAACUUCGACCAAAGAGAAGUGCCAAUUCCGCCCUUCGGAGCUUCCCCAGGCGUAGCCACGGAUGGUCCCUCAUGCCUCGCCAUUGGCACUGGCUCUCGUGGCAUCCUUAUCUGCGAAUGGUUCCCUGAACCCACGCCAGCCAAUGUGAAUGGAACCUGCCAAUGUGACCUCAACCCGACACUGAUAGUGCCUGGUUUAGACCCCGGCAUAUUCUUGGGCCCACCCCCAGACGUUGGAAAUACAGGGUUUUGUCUAAGGUAUGAGGUCUAGAAUGUCCCUCUGGCAAUGUGUAACUUAUUUUAUAUUUUCUAUGUUUUUCAAAUCUGCAAAAUUUCUUGUGCAAAUAACCACAAUAAAAUUAUAUACCUAAUUACUGUAAUUGUA